AUGUCACACAGAGGAAAGAACAGGGCUUUGCUGAUUGUCAACUGUGAAUUCCACAGCAGAUGGUCCUCUGAGGAGCUCCAAUCAAGACCAGGGGCUAAGAGGGAAGCAAAAAGGCUUUUUAAUGCAUUAUCCAAGUGCAACUAUGCUGUAAAAGUGCACUAUGAUUUGACAGCUAAGGAAAUAGAAGAUAUUUAUGAGGAAGAAUGCUAUGCAGAACAAGGGGACUGUUUCAUAAGUAUCAUUUCCAGUCAUGGAACAGAAGGAAGCAUAUUUGAUUGUGAAGGACAACCUGUUCAGCUCACACGGAUUUUCAACAUAUUAUCACCUCAGAGAAGUCAUAACUUGGUGGGAAAGCCCAAAAUCUUCUUCAUUCAGGCCUGCCGAGGAACAAGCAUUGAGUAUGGUGUAAACCUGCAGAUGGACAGCCCAGGCCUGGAGACAGGAGGCACCGAGCCAGAGACGGACUGUUUCUCACACUAUCUCUCCAUCCCUGACAACACUGCAGUCAUGUUUUCUUGCAGUCCAGGCUAUGUUUCCUUCAUCAAUCUGUGGGAAUCCAUGUUCCUCCGUGCCUUUUUGGAACUGCUCGAAGGAGAAGAACACCAUUUUGAAGUUGCUCGUUUAAUGACUCGAAUUAGCUGGAAAGUUGCACUCUUCUGUGAAGCCAAAGGAAAAUACCAAGGUGCUAAAGAGAUGCCGUGCUUUGUCACAAACAUGGAGAGACCAGUUUACCCCUUCUCAUCACAAGGAUGA